CUCUCUCUUUAACUCCUAACUGUUCCCGCUUUCUUCUUCUUCCCCUGGUCCGCUUCAUGGAGGCUGAGCUGCCUGGCUAGAACCUACCCAGCUUCUUUGCUGGUCAGAUUUGUCGGUCUCUUGGGUGUUCGCAGCAGGUCUUUCCGCACGGGGGCCCAGGAGCUCUCCAUACGCGCUCUCACCACAGACCAACUCCAGGUCUGGAAAUGGCUGUGCAAUUUGUUUUCAUUGUUAGGUUUCCAGGAUGGCAACUGUCAAGGGUGAACUUAUUAAGAAUGUCGCUGAGGAGAAGGCCAUUCAUCACAAUAAGAUCUCCAUUGUAGGAAGUGGAUCGGUUGGUGUGGCUUGUGCUAUCAGCAUCUUAUUAAAAGGUUUGAGUGAUGAGCUCGUCCUUGUGGAUGAUGAUGAAGGCAAACUGAAGGGUGAGACAAUGGAUCUUCAACACGGCGGCCCCUUUGUAAAAAUGCCGAAAAUUGUCUCCAGCAAAGAUUACCUGGUCACUGCAAACUCCAAUCUAGUAAUUAUCACGGCAGGUGCACGCCAGAAAAAAGGAGAAACACGCCUUGAUUUAGUCCAGCGAAAUGUGUCCAUCUUUAAAUUAAUAAUUCCCAGUAUUACCCAGUACAGUCCUCACUGCAAACUGCUUAUUGUUACUAAUCCAGUGGAUAUUUUAACUUACGUGGCCUGGAAAUUGAGUGCAUUUCCCAAAAACCGUGUUAUUGGAAGUGGCUGUAAUCUGGACUCCGCUCGUUUUCGUUACUUUAUUGGGCAAAGGCUUGGCAUCCACUCUGAAAGCUGUCAUGGGCUGGUCCUUGGAGAGCAUGGUAACUCAAGUGUCCCUGUGUGGAGUGGUGUGAACAUUGCUGGUGUCCCUCUGAAGGAUCUGAACCCAGAUAUAGGAACUUAUAAAGAUCCUGAGCAGUGGGAAAAUGUCCAUAAAAAAGUGGUUUCCAGUGGCUAUGAGAUGCUCAAAAUGAAAGGUUAUACUUCUUGGGGCAUUAGCCUAUCUGUAGCUGAUUUAACAGAAAGUAUCUUGAAGAAUCUUAGGAGAGUGCAUCCAGUUUCUACCCUAAGUAAGGGCCUCUAUGGAAUAAAUGAAGAAAUAUUCCUUAGUGUCCCAUGUAUCCUGGGAGAGAAUGGUAUCGCAGACCUUAUAAAAGUAAAACUGACCCUUGAAGAGGAGGCCUGCUUGCAAAAGAGUGCAGAAAUACUUUGGGAAAUUCAGAAGGAGCUCAAGCUUUAAAGUUGCUUAAAGUUACCAUUCUGUAGAUUGAAGAUGAAAUAGUUGCUAUGGAAUUGUAUAUGCCAAACUUUCAAAUAAAUUUGAAUUCUAAAAGUUGGAAAAAUAGAGGAAAGAGUGAUCUAUUUAGUGUAGCCUUCCAGCUUUUUUUUUUUUUUGGGGGGUCUAUUCUGUCAUCCAGGCUGGAGUGCAGUGGCACAAUCACAGCUCACUGCAACCUCAACCUCCCAAGUCCAGGUAAGCCUCCCACCUCAGCCUCUAGGAGUAGGCGGGACCACAUGAAUGUGCCUCUAUUCCUAGCUAAUUUUUGUAUUUUUUUUUUGUAGAGAUGGGGUUUUGCCAUGUUGUCCAAGCUGGUUUGAACUUCUAAAGUGCUGGGAUUACAGGAGUGAGCCACUGUGCCUGGCCUUAGCUCUUUUAGUAUCCAGAUGAUGGAUGACACCUUUUUUUUAAGUGAUGGCAUGAAAGAUGUUUUUGGUACCUCUCAGUACUUGCCUUGUCUGUAUAUAUAAUUGCCAUCUGGUCCAAAAUAAUGUGUUUACUGUGUUAUAAAAAUCCUGAUUCAUCAGGUGAUAGUAAUUCUUCUCUUUGGCUUAAUACCUGUGUCCAUUUAUAUGCUACUUAAUAAAAGCUGUAACUUCCUCUACAAUGUAAAAAUAAAAGUAUACACAUACACACACACACACACACACACACACACACACAGAGUAAUCGCAAUGUUCCUAACACUAGAUAAAAUCUUGAUUUGA